AUGCACUGCUUCGAGGAGGAUUGCUGGCAGCAGGCUGACAUGCACUGCUUAGAGGAGGAUCGACGGCAGCAGCCUGACAUGCACUGCUUAGAGGAGGAUCGCCGGCAGCAGCCUGACAUGCACUGCUUAGAGGAGGAUCACUGGCAGCAGCCUGACAUGCACUGCUUAGAAGAGGAUCGCUGGCAGCAGCCUGACAUGCAGUGCCUAGAGGAAGAUCACCGGCAGCAGCCUGACAUGCACUGCUUAGAGGAGGAUCACCGGCAGCAGCCUGAUAUGCAGUGCUUAGAGGACGAUCGCCGGCAGCAUCACCGGCAGCAGCCUGACAUGCACUGCUCAGAGGAGGAUCGCCGGCAGCAGCCUGACAUGCAGUGCCUAGAGGAGGAUCGCCGGCAGCAGCCUGACAUGCACUGCUUAGAGGAGGGUCACUUGCCUGACAUGCACUGCUUAAUGGAGGUUUGCCUGCAGGAGCACUGA